AUGCCCUCAUCAAAGGCUUUUCUGUCUUUUUCUCAAAAUUUAGAGCUUUUUUGCGAGCGUAAAGUUCAACAAGAUGCUUGGUAUGAACCACCGCAAAAUUUUCUAGAAAUCGAGGUGAAAAAUCCAAUUACUCAUGGUAUUGGACGUGGAAUGUACACGGAUUAUGAAAUUAUAUGUAGAACAAAUAUUCCAGCGUUUAAAAUGAAAUAUUCAUCAGUACGUCGAAGAUAUUCAGAAUUUGAAGAUUUUAAAAACAUUCUUGAGAGGGAAUCCUCAAGAGUAUUAAUACCUCCACUUCCAGGAAAAGUAUUUACGAAUCGUUUUUCUGAUGAAGUAAUUGAACAUCGGCGAGAUCAUCUUGAACGUUUUUUACAAAUAGUUGCGGGGCAUCCUCUUUUACAGACAGGAAGUAAGGCAUUAUCAUCUUUUAUUCAAGAUCCUCAAUGGAAUGCUAAUAUUUGGAAAUAA